AUGGCGGACGAGCGCCAGAUACAUGAUGAGGCUGAGGUUGGGCGAGAUUUUGGUUGGAGUCAGGGAGCCACCAAAACAAAGCCUGUGGACGCCCUCCGGGCGAAGUGUCCCAAGUUUGGGAUGAAGGUGACAGCAGACCCAGACACUAUUUUGGAAUAUGAAUCUAUGUUUGCGGGGUUCCCACCAGAUGUAGGGCCGCUGAACCUCAGAGUCCCUGAGCCACGGAAGCAGCAGAAGGCAAGGGAGCAUCAGAGAGCCACAGGCAAAACUGGCCCCAAGCUUGUGGAAUCUCCGGUGAUUACGAACAGCUUUGGCGCGUUACGUUUCCAAGUUGCAAAAUUCUUGACCUUGGUUGUCGUAAUGAAAGUAGCCGACCUAGCAACCCAAGUAUACUACUGGGACUUCUACCGGCAACGUUGCCGGGCAGACAAGGUGCCCCGCGGCGACUUCGUCGCCCCUGAGCUGGGUGAGUAUUUGGCUGGAUUCUUCAAUGAAGUUGAGCGCGACAGCUAUUGCCAGCAGGUCAUAGCAGCCCGCCAACGAGAUGGCGUGGGAAUCUCGCGAUCCGGUUUGAAGCAAGGGAUCCUGGACGACCGAUCGGGAUUGAUAUGUCAAGUGUUUCGGAUGCUGGACGAAGAUGAUGAGCUGUAUUUCGCACUUUUGGAGAACGUGAGCAACUUGCUCAGUGGUGACAUGGCGCCCCUCCGCAACUACAUGUUCAAGGCGUGCCCCCACUUGGGGCACCACUGGGAGCUCCAGCUCUUGGGGCACCAGUGUGGAACUUCCCAUGUGGCGCUCCCUGUAGCGCGAUGCCGACGGGUCUUCCGUGUGGCGCGAUGCCGACGGGGUUGGGGUGCCGUGGCAGCUGCCUUGGGACCACUUGGAUAUGCAACUCCGACACCGACGGCAGCUCCAGCUGCUCCAGCUGCAGCCGCGCCUGCUGGUGGUGAUGCAGCACUUAACUCGCUGCUCACUAGCCUCGGCUUAGGACAUCUCCUCCAGACCCCCCCUGUCGCAGCCCCUGUCGCAGCCCCUGUCGCAGCCCCUGUCGCAGCUCCUGUCGCAGCUGUCACUCCGAAUCCUUUAAGUGGCCUUGACUUGAGUUCUUUGAGCUCAAUCCCCGGACUGGAGAGCUUGGCAUCCAUACCGGGUUUGGAAUCCUUGUUGGCUCCUGCUCCUGCUCCUGCUCCACUUGGACUUCCAAAUCCUGGCGUCGUGCCCUCCAGAUCACGGGGCAAGGGCAAAGCUCCCAAGGGCAAGUCUUUCGGGAAGGGCAAGCCUUUGAUGCAGGAUCUUCCAGUUCUCACUUCGCAGGAGGUUCAGGAGCCUGGAGUCUUUGUAGCCGCAGCCUCGCAGAAGGAUGAAAGAAAGUGCAGGGCUUUGUUGGCGCACAAGGAUUUUAACCGGAUGGACGACAAGGACUCGGAACAACGAACUGCCGUCCACAUUUGCAUCUUGAAAAAGAUGCCUGAGGAUAUUUGCCUCAGCAUUCUGAACAGAGAUGACUUCACAGAGGUCAAUGCCAUUGAUCAGUUUGGCUACACCAUCCUCUCCCUGGCUGCCUCCAACAGCAUGGUGGGCGUGUGCAAAGCAAUCCUUGACCAUCCGGAGUUCACCCAGGUGAAUUCCAAGGACAAGUGGGGUGCCACUGCCUUGCAUUGGGCGGCAGCAUCGAAUCUGGGCUCAGUUUGCACUGGCAUCCUGGAGCAUCCUGCAUUUGUGGAGGCCCACGUCGUCGCUUUCAGCUUCAAGUUCGAGAAUCAAACGGCUCUACAAGUUGCAGAGGAGAGAGGCUGUGCAGAUGCAGAGCAGGCAAUCAAGAAGGCCCUGAGUGUGCUAACAACUGCAGAUUUGCAGCGUGCCGCCAAGCGCCUCAAUGUCGAGCUGCGGGAGAACGUCGCAGGGCCUUGGUAUCAGAUUGAACUCUAUAGUGGAGAUCGGCAGCUGGGCAAAACCAGCGGCUGGGCUCAGCCAUGGGGCAGUUUGCACUUGGAGACCAUCGAGGUCCGAAAGUUCACGGGCUAUUGGGUGGCGAAACCGGGGAAGGAAUCCGAGGCAUCGGAAGAUGCCGAACGAAAGCGCUAUGCCGAUGUGGCAAAGGUGGCACGGUGGUUUGGUUUACUGCUAUCAUGCGCCAUAGCAUGUUGGAACCGGGAGCGAUCCCCAUUUUUCUGCAAGGAGGCGUAUCUUCUGGCCAUCAAAGAUGAAGAGAAGCAGCACGACCGUCUUGUCCGGUAUUACAAAGGCUUGGGCUUCAAGGUCAUCAAGGACCCAGAGACAUUGGAGUAUCAGGAUCAGGCGGCCUUGACUUGCUGCUUGCUGGCGCCAGCCUGGCUGGGCCCGACUUGCCCGAAAUUUUCUCGGAGAGCUAUCGGAAUCAUUAUCCCUCUGACAAUUCUGGGACCAACAGAGUCAGGCGCUGAUGUCCACGUGGUGCGACCACAGAAUGUCACGGAUGGUGCGUUCUAUUCCUUUGAUGUUCCCGAUUCCUUCAAGGCCGUGAACCGGGCCAAGUACCAGAGAGAUCGACAGCUUCUUGGCAAGACUGCUGAGUAUGUAUCGGAUAGUGGAGCGCGGGUGUUCACCGGUGAGAGUCCUUCGGAGGACUUUGUGAAGCGGCGGCGCCUGACCGUGCCACGCAGUCAGCAGAAGGUUUUGAAGUACGUUCUUGGUGAGAAGGAGGAUCUGCUGGAGUGCAUAGUGAAGGAGCCACAGGAAGACGGCGGCGAGAUGCUCAAACAUCGUUGGUGGCGAGUGCUGAAAGAUGGAGGCACUAGUGCAAUCAUGGACUUGGAUUUGAAGGAGGCAGAAGCCCGGGAGCUUUCUCAAGUGUUCUAGGCUAUCCGCCAGGCUUUGUUGACAGAGUUUGCCGCCUAGUUCGAUAUUGCCACUGAAUCAGUCUUAGAUGGUUUGGUUUUUGCCUUCUGCCUUUGGCUUGACUGACCCUUUUUAGUGCUUGUAUUUUUGCAGGUAGGUUGGAGGCCAUCGCUAUUAGUGUUUUCCAGUGUUUUGGUCGUUUUACCUGAAGAAGGCAUGACCUUCAUAACAGGUGCACCGGACCGGAUGUGUUAUUUUCGUUUUCUCCAUGUGUGCCUCCUUCAAGCAGAACAUUUGUCACGGUUUUUACGAUGUCAAGGAGAUGAAAGUCUCUGCAAGAUGGACCAUGAGUUAUUCUAUGAAAGCAACAAAUGCAAACAAAAGAGCACAGAGUAAACAAGAAGAGCAAAACACACACAUAUAUAUAUAUUAUAUAGAUACACAUUAUAUUGUGGUCAUUUUCUAAGAAAUCAAUAUGUUUUGCUUAUGUUUCUUAUUCAUUGGGGCCUU